UGACAUUGGUUAUGCAAUGAUUAUGAUGAUGAUGAUGAUGUUGGCAACCAUAUCCACUAUAAAAAUGACAGAUCAAUCAAUCAAUCUGGAUCAAUGGGUGGAGAAACAAUUGGAAUUAAUUCGAUUGGAAUAUGAAGAAGAAGUUUUUAACAAUGAAGAUUUGCUUACGAAUAAUUCAAUCGAUGAUUUGGCAAAAGCUGGCUUUGCUUUACGAAAUCUCAAGAUUACCAAAGAAUAUUCAGAAAAUGGCAUCAGAAUCAUUCGUUUGAGGUUACCACAAGAAAAACAGAAUGAUUUAAAUUUGAAAAAAUGCCGUUUGCUUCGUGGUUUUGUCGGUGUCACUGUCGAUGAACAAACAAUGCCGAUAGCAAUAGCAUAUGCAGUGAAAGUGGAAACAAAUUCGAUCGAAAUCGAUUGUGAUGUUGAUUUGCUUAAACAAUUCCCAAACAAACGAUUUAAUUUUGUCAAAGUGGUCAAUGGUGUCACUUAUAAUAGAAUGGUUUUCACAUUGAAAAAAAUGGUUUUACGUUCACGUUAUGUCUAUCUGAUUGGUUUAUUGAUGGGCCAUAAACCAUUAUUGAAUCCAUUGAUGAAGUUGCGACCAUAUGUUAACGGUUUACCUUUUUCUAAUUCACAACGAGGAUUAGAUAUGAUUAAAUGGUUCAAUUCCAACUUGAAUAAUUGUCAGAAAGAAGCUGUUGAAUUUGCAUUGUAUCAACAGCAUUUGGCUGUGAUUCAUGGACCUCCCGGCACGGGAAAAACAACAACUCUUACCGAAUUGAUUCUCCAAUUAAUUACCCGAGGAUUUCGAGUGAUGGUCUGUGCACCAUCUAAUGUUGCUGUUGACAAUAUUUUUAAACAGUUAGUUGAUUCUUAUGAUAAAAAUCUAUGUCGAAAAUAUCGUAUCAAUCCAAAUUAUUCAUUCGUACGAAUUGGUCAUCCUGUACGAGUUGAUCCGCAAAUUCAUAAGUAUUUGGUCGACAAAGCUUGUUCAAGCUCCAAAAAGAAAAAAAGUCAAUACGAACGAAAACAAAUGGAAAAAAAGAUAGUUAAUGCAAACGUUUUAAUGUCAACGCUGUCCAGUUCGUUUAUAUACGAGGGUAAUCUUAAAUAUUUAUGGAACAAUAAGGAUUUGGCGAAAUUUUCAUUCGAUAUUGUUAUCGUGGAUGAAUGUGGUCAAUCAACUGAACCAUGUACUUGGAUUCCGUUAUCGUUCGCCGAUAAGUGUGUAUUGGCUGGUGAUCAUCUUCAAUUGCCACCGACAACAUUUUCAUCUGAAGCUACCAAUGAAGGACUAAAUAUAUCUUUACUCGAACGAGUCACAAAAAAAUUGUUUGUUCAUUGCCCUGAACGUGUAGUACGAAUGUUGACCGUUCAACAUCGUAUGAAUGAAUUGAUUAUGCAAUGGCCUUCCGAUUAUUUUUACGAUGGUCGUUUAGUUGCCGCUCCUAUUGUUGCGUCACAUCAAUUGGUAUUAAAAGGAACUCGGCGACCAUUGCCAGUUUUACGAUUCAUCGAUACGGUCGGUUGUGAUAUGGGUGAAAUGGAUUCACAACAAAAAGCAUUCAGAGCUUCAAAAGGCAACAUAUAUGAGGCAAAAAUCGUAUGUAUUGUCAUCAAAAAACUUAUAAAUCAAGGAUUGCCUGCAUCCGAUAUUGGUGUAAUUACGCCAUAUCGAUUGCAAACAACAUUGAUCGAAGCCGUUUGCAAACGAGAAUUUUCCCGUCGGAUCAAUGAUCAAUUAGAGAUUAAUUCAGUUGAUGGGUUCCAAGGUAGAGAGAAAAAUGUCAUUAUUUAUUCCAUGGUACGUUCGAAUGAAAAUGGUUCGAUUGGAUUCCUGAGUGAAGAACGACGUCUAAAUGUCGCCAUUACUCGUGCUCGAAAACAUUUAACUCUGAUUGGCGAUUCCGGUACAGUGACAAGACGAUCGGCUGCAUUGAAUUCAUUUAUUGGAUAUUGUUUUCAAAAUGCAAUCAUUGAAAAUGGCAGUGAUUACCAAAUGCAAAUGAAUCAAAUGAAUUAUCUGGAUCAAAUAUUUGCCGAAUUCAAAAUAGCUAAAUCUUCACAGAAAAAGGAAAAAACUAAAAAGAAGAAAAAUCGUCGACAUAAAUUAGCUCCAAUUGAUUCCAAUCUUGCCAAUAUGUUGAAUGCUUUUCUGUCUAACAAUGUAUGGUUAUCAAUGCAGUUGCCUACUUAUCUCAAUCGAAAUCAACGUAAUCAUGCAGAGAAAUUUUGCAAGCAAAAUAGAUUUAAAUUUUCCUAUAAAAAAGUUUGGAUCGAUUCGAAUCAAACACAACAAUGUACACAGAUGACUAUAUUUCGUUGAAAUUAUUCGAUUCGAUUAUGUGAUUUAUUUUCUGAUUUCUUGUGAUUCAAAACAUGCAAUUCAUUGGCAUUCCUGUUUUUUAUUGUUUCAAAUAAUAAAGAUUUUUAUUUUCAUUCUUUUUUAAA